CCCACCUUCUGUUUGGAAGCGUCACGGUCCCGGAUCCCUGUAGGAAUGUCGGGUCUGUGUGAUUUAUAAAUAGCAUCCUCUCCGCUCGCCUGCCUGAUUGCCUGCCCUGCGACUCUCUACUACAGCAGCAUUGUGGGCUGGAGACAGGAAUGCGAAGAUGGCUGCAGACCUAGGAGAGCUGCUAGUCCCUUUUAUGCCAACGAUCAGAGUCCCUAGAAUAGGGGACAGGGUAUUCAAGAGUGAAUGUGCCUUUUCCUACGAUUCUCCAGAAUCGGAAGGUGGCCUGUAUGUGUGCAUGAACACUUUUCUAGGAUUUGGACGGGAACAUGUUGAAAGACACUAUCGAAAAACAGGCCAGUGUGUGUACAUGCAUCUGAAACGCACCAUGAAAGAGAAAGCCACAGGCGCCUCAGGGGGAGCUAUACCAAGAAGAAAAAAUGGAAAAGUAUUUUUAGAUUUAGAUCUGAACUGCGACUUUAAUGGGGACGAUUACGAAUACGAAGACGAAGCCAGACUUGUCAUAUUUCCAGACCACUACGAGAUCCCCUUACCAAAUAUUGAAGAGUUGCCUGCACUGGUGACUAUAGCGUGCGAUGCAGUACUCAAUGCUAAAUCCCCCUAUAGAAGGCAGGAGCCUGAUUCGUGGGAUGAUGAAGUUCAGGUCUCAAAACAUGCCAGCAGCUUAAGACAGCUGGACAACGGGGUCAGAAUACCACCCAGUGGCUGGAAAUGCUCCAAGUGCGAGCUUCGGGAGAACCUGUGGGUGAACCUGACUGACGGCUCGGUCCUGUGUGGGAAGUGGUUCUUCGACGGCAAUGGAGGAAACGGGCACGCUCUGGAGCACUACCGGGAAACAAACUACCCCCUGGCCGUCAAACUGGGAACCAUCACCCCUGAUGGAGCAGACGUGUAUUCGUUUGAUGAAGAGGAGGCAGUACUUGACCCACAUUUAGCAGAACACUUGUCACACUUUGGGAUAGAUAUGCUUCAGAUGCAAAAGACAGAGAACGGCUUCACAGACAAUGAUGUCAGCCCGCGGAUCAGUGAGUGGGAGGUGAUCCAGGAAUCAGGGUCGAAGCUCAAACCUGUGUACGGCUCCGGUUACACUGGUAUCAAGAACCUGGGGAACAGCUGCUACCUCGGAACCACCAUGCAGGUCCUCUUCAGCAUCCCUGAAUUCCAGCGAGCGUAUGUUGGCAAUCUCCAGCGGAUAUUUGACUAUUCACCUCUUGAUCCCACACAGGAUUUCAGCACGCAGAUGGCAAAGCUGGGCCAUGGUCUUCUUUCAGGCCAGUACUCCAAACCACCAGUGAAAUCAGAGCUCAUUGAACAGGUGAUGAAAGAAGAACACAAGCACCAGCAGAAAGGGAUUUCCCUAAAGAUGUUCAAAGCCUUGACAAGUAAAGGCCACCCGGAGUUCUCUUCCAGCAGACAGCAAGACGCACAGGAGUUCUUCCUUCACUUAAUAAACCAGGUGGAGAGAAACAGUGAAGGCUCAGAGAAUCCCAGUGAUGUGUUCCGGUUCCUAGUGGAAGAACGAACCCAGUGCUGUCAAUCCAGAAUGGUCCGGUACACGCAGCGCGCUGACAACCUCAUGCAACUUCCUGCGCCCAUGGAAGCCGCAACAAACAAGGAGGAGUUGAUAGCCUAUGAAGUGAAACGUCAGGAGGCUGAAGUGAGCAGGAGAGCGCCCCCGCUAGCGGUCCGGGCCAGGAUUCCAUUCAGCGCCUGUUUGCAGGCCUACACAGAGCCGGAGAACGUGGAUGACUUCUGGAGCAGUGCUCUGCAGGCCAAGUCUGCCGGAGUCAAAACAUCUCGCUUUAAAUCAUUUCCUGAAUACUUGGUUAUACAGAUAAAGAAGUUUACCUUUGGGUUGGACUGGGUGCCUAAAAAAUUAGACAUUUCUAUAGACAUGCCAGACUUACUGGACAUCACUCACCUCCGUGCUACUGGGUUGCAGCCAAAAGAGGAGGAGCUUCCAGACAUUGCUCCGCCCAUUGUUAUUCCAGAUGAAUCCAAAGAUCAUUUGAUGAAUAAUUUCACAGACUCUCCAGAAAUAGACGAGUCGGCAGUGAUGCAGCUCGCUGAAAUGGGCUUCCCCCUCGAAGCCUGUCGCAAGGCAGUUUACUACACAGGAAACUUGGGGGCUGAAGUGGCCUUCAACUGGGUUAUAGCCCACAUGGAGGAACCCGAAGGAAACGGUAACAGCAACCCCGGAAGUAAUCAGCAGCAGGACUUUGCUGAGCCGUUGGUGGUUGCUGGUUUUAGUGAGAUUGACUCUUCAUCGUCGGCAGCGGUUCCUGUGGCUGACAACCAGCCUCCAGAGGAGAGUGUAGCCAUCCUUACAUCCAUGGGCUUUCCCAGGUACCAGGCCUUGCAGGGCCUGAAGGCAACGAACAACAAUCUGGAACGUGCGUUAGACUGGAUCUUUACUCACCCAGACAGUAAAGAGGAGAGUGAGGCAGCCUCAGACAUCGCCGAUCCAGAAGGCAACGCCAACCCAAUCUCCAACGCCACCGCUGUCAAUGAGCCAAGCGGGCCGCGGGUUAGGGACGGGCCUGGCAGAUACGAGCUGUUUGCCUUCAUUAGCCAUAUGGGAACAUCCACAAUGUGCGGCCGCUAUGUAUGUCACAUCAAAAAGGAGGGAAGAUGGGUAAUCUACAAUGACCACAAAGUGUGUCUGUCAGAAAGACCCCCCAAAGACCUGGGCUACAUCUACUUUUACCACCGGAUUCCCAGCUAGGCCGCAGUCCUCUCAGACGGCUACAGACAGCCACAGUCGUCUUGCCAACUGGAAGCAGCAAAAAAGAAUCUAAAGACUGAGCAAGGGAAGAAGCUGUGGAUUAACUUUUCGAAAGAAAGAAGCUAAAAAACUAAAAGGGAUGCCUGGUAAAAGAGAGAAGGCCUUUUAUUCAUGAAUGUUUAUCGUAAAUGCAGAGGUUUAUAGGAAAUGUGUGCAAUCUGGUGACUGGAAAACAGCAAUAGCAUGUUAACAUACAUAUCAGAAGUGUUUAUUAUUGUUUUUCAGGAUUUUUCUAUGCCUUUUCUUUAAACUCUAAAAAGGGAGCCUUAAUUUUCUUGGUUAUAUUUAUAUUGAUCAACACCAAACAGCAUAUCCACAGAGUCCUAUUUGUGUGUUUUUUUAAAUCAGAGUGUGAAGACGACCUGUACUGAGGGUCACUGAAUUUCAGCGUUGAUCUUGCAUCAUGUGUGUCGUACUAGAAGCAACACAAGUGCCAAAGCUCUGUAGAUCCUCUUGAUCCAUCAAGCAGGUUGUCUGGUGCGCAAUUAAAACUGUUGCCUUAUCAGAGAAUAUCAAUGGUGUUCAAUAACAGCUAGUCAUAAAACCCUUUAAUUAAAAUAUCCACACACAUUUCCCUUGACCUUUUCUUAUUAUUUUAUUUUUUAUGUAUUUUUGAAAUGCACACGUUACCGGUAAAUGUCUUGUUUCAGAUAGCCAAAAGGAGUAUGCCUGCUGUUUGAAAAGAAAUACAUACGGAAACUAGAUCCAAAUACACAAAUGCCAACAUGAAAAUGAGCAGCUAUACAUUAAAAAAAAAACAUUGCCGUUUUUCAAUGGGUCUAUAUGGACAUUAUUACUAUAUUGAAACCUAAAGUUUAAACGUUUUUUGAGCAAUAAUUUUGAAAUGACAUGGUAAAAUUGUAUUGAGAGUUUAAAUGCCAGGGACACGUGUUAGGGUGAUUCCUUCUUUUAAGAUCCUAGUUAUUAAUAAUAAAGAUCAGUUACUGUAAGUGCCGCUCUGCUCUGGACUUGAUUUCAGUCAUUUGGUGACGGUUGCUAUUCAACGCUGUGGAAGCCGUUGUGACGUCUCUUUAUAACCAAAGUGAAUGGUGUGCUUGUGUACCGCAGGAUAUACAGAUUAUGAAUCCUAAUGAAAGGCAAUGCACAUGAUAAACUAUACUGUACUGUAGCUGAACUCCAAUACUAAUAUUCAAAGGUUGCAUUGAUUAAGGUUUAUCUGUUUGUGAUAAAUACAACUGUGUUCCAACAGAGUUGGCUGAAGUGGCCUUCGAAGUCAGGUGUAAUAUUUUCAGCACAGGACUUUACACAGGCCAACUCACCUGCCACUUGGUGCUUUUGUUUCUGGUUUUUCUUACAGAACUCAGUAACAUUCAAACACAAACGGAAGCCGUUUCAAAGAGACAUGUCUGUGCCGCAUUCUGCAUUUUACCAUGUGAUUCGAGGGGCCGCUAACUCAGUCAUUGUGACUCAAACCGCCAUUUAACAAACAUUAACCUCUAAGUUGAGUGAAGAAGAGGCGGAUACAACAGCAAGUACAGGCUGGUGAUGGUUUCACAUCAGAACUUGUUAACUGUGAAACAAUGAGGUACUACAGAUCACAUUGUGUCUCCAUAUUGUGUAUUCAAACAACUGUCUGUAUUCAGAUCAUUUGACUAAUUGCAGUGUAUAACAAAGCUAGAAUGUAAAUGUCCUCAAAGCAGUUCUGGAAACUGCUUGAAGUGUAUUUUUGGGUAGGAAAACAUCUCUAAAGACGCUAAUACAAACAGUGAAGUUUAUUGUUCUUGUGUCUAUUCAACCUCUGCCUUUGGCGCUUUUCUUAUUUGAAUGUAUUCCUUAUGGUACUGAGAGCUGCAGGUACAAUCGGAUAACAGUAAAAUAAUCUGAGGACCUCACGGACUCCUUUGUAACAGUUUUGCAGCUCAACAGUUUUCUAACUGGGGGAGGAGGUCUUGAUAUUUAUUCAGAUAUUAAUAUCAGUACUUUUACAUUAUUGUAAGUCAUCCCAGCAAUAUUCCUAUUGCAGCCAGUAGCUGCGCCACCUCCCAGCUUAGAAAUCAACGAAGACGUGUGCCUGAAGAGGGAGAUCCAGUGCAGAAAAUUUGAAAAACACUUGAUUUAAACUGUAUUAUCGAAUAAAUACAGCAUAGUACAAUGGAGACGAAUGGAGACUAAGCACACAUAGUACAGUAUGCUCUGCAUGUUGUUGGUUAACGUGUAUUGUAAGCAACAUAUUAAACUUGAAGUUGCCGCUGUUGUUUCCUCUCAGUGAGGAAUGCCCUGUGCUUUUGAGCACCUGUUAUAGUUUUUAAAGACCUACCUAAGUCACAGAUUUGAAAAGACAUGCUUAAUUAGGAUGGCGCAUUCCUACAAAUGUAAAUUGCAAAAGAAAAGUAAAGAUUGCAAUCAAAUGAACUCAUAGAUUGCUUCAUCUCCCACCCUAGCCACAUUCUGCAUAGUAUUAAGCUUGCUGUCAGGAUGGAUGAAUAUUCUUAAAAGCACUAAACGGCUAGUUAGACUUUUGCAAACAGAAUAAUCUGAAAAUAAAAUUAUCUAAAUGUAAAAAUGUGUUUUUAAAUGGUCUUUUUUUUUAUCAACAUUUUUAUGAUUGAGAAAUCCAUUAUAAACAAGAAUGCAUUUGUAAUGAACCCUCACCCAAGUUGAAAUUCUCUUAUACAUUAAGGGACACCCUACACACAACUUGUAUAAUGCCUUGGAGAGAAAACUGUUCCAAUGAUGUACUGUACUGUUGAGCAUUCUCAAUGGCAUAGUCCCUUUAAGAAACAUAUUCAGACCAGAGGUGUAUGAUGUCUGACUCUUCUCUUGUUUGCCCCUCUGUACUGUAGCCUAUGUGUGUCUGCAGUUUAAAUGUGGACUCUUAAGGAUACUAUGCAACUCACGUUGUAUCUUUUCUUAAUUAUGACUAUCUUCUCACUUUUUAUUCACCUUUUUUUGUUGCUGUACUGUUUGUUUUUGAUUUAUUUGGCAUCCUUGUUACAAUUGUUGCAAUAAUGAUAUUUAUGGGGGUAUUGUAUUGGGAGAUGUCACAAUAUUCUCAUGAGAGAGAGAGACUGAUUAUCAAUUUGCUGUAUUUUACCUUGAUAACCUGUAAAUACUGGGUAACAUGGUUUACCGUGGUGUUACAAAAAAGCUUUUAUUUCUUUGCUUUAUAAUCUGCACAUGCACUGAAGUUUGACAAUGGUCAUUUAAAAUGUAAACUUUUUUUUUUUUUUCAUCGAAAUUUUGUUCACUUGUUUUUAUUUAUUUAAUGUAUAAUUAUUGUAAUUUUUUUUUUUAAUCUUUUUUUUUUUUUUUUUUGCAAACCACAAAAUUGUGCCAGUCCCACAGUUUUUAUUUAGUUAAGUUCUGGGUCCUUAAGUGGUCAGAAUUAAUGCUAAAAUGCUUUCUUUUCCCUUUUUUUAAUAGCAAAAAAACGAAUAAUUGCUUCAUAAAAACCCCAUAUUUGAACAUGUAUGUAUCUUGACUGGCAGAGUAUAUCUGUAUAGACUGUGACAUCCAUGGUGAUUGCUGUAUGAUCCAUAUGCUACAUAUCAUGAGUAUUAUUUAAAAAAAGAAAUUAACAAAAUUGGAAAAUACCAAAUAAAAUCACUGGAGCUGCUUAUUUGUGGCAUUAGGAUAAUUCAAAUAAUAAUAAUAAAAAAGUUGUUGACUUCUUU